AUGCAGUACAUGCUUGUCAUCUUCGACUACAGCGCUUGGUGGGUGAGAACAGAUUUGGAAAACAAGUUGAGAGAAGAAAGAAAAAGUGAAUACAAGAUAUCUUCAAAGCUGGAAAAGUCUGACUUGGAUAACUGGGAGAACAUUAGAGGACCCCGUCUGUGGGAAGAUUCCAGGACUGUUCAGAAGCAACGGCGGGAGGCUCUCCGUCUUAAGACAGAGUGA